AUGACAACUGCAGUGCAAGACUUUAAAGUAUUUAAUGGAGGGGGUUUACAAAGUAAUACAAGUCAGAAACAAGAACUCAGUCGAACAAGCAUGACGCAAAGGCAGGAUAACAAAGCCGUUCGCUUCGAUCCACCUGAAAUCCCGCAUGUUGAAUUCAAUCAGUCGCCACUUUCCUUGAUCAUUAGAAAUCUUACUGUGUUUACCAUCAAAGAAAUUGCCCAAUUCUUCAAGACAAGCGCACAUCAAAGCCAAGAUGCCGGCACAAGAAAAGCAAGCUUUUUACAGAUGAUCAUAUAUUUGAGAAAUCAAUUCUUGCGCUUGUACGUGCUGAUCAAAUGGUGCAAAACAAUCAAGAAGAAUAAUUUCAACACAAUGAUUGAUCUUUUGAACUGGUUUCGUGGAUCUAACAUGUCCGUGAAUAACUGCAUUUGGGCGCUGAAAAAUAACCUUGUAAGUAUGGCAAAUGCUAAGUUGCCAAAUCCUGAUUUAGUCACAGCCUUGGAAGUUCUCAGUCUUGGCAGACCCAACCUGCCAACGCAUAAUCUGAAACUAAGUGGCGAUGAAGGGAGUGAAGAUGUCAGUGUCAUUCCAGCAAAAUUAAUUUUGAAACGAAUAAGAGAUUUGAACACUCUUCUUUCGAUCAGAAUAUCACUCAUGGAACUACCUGAUCAGUUCUAUCAGUAUAAAGUAAGAGACGGUAAACUAGUUAUAACAGUUGAGAAAGAGUUUGAAGUACAAUUAUCGACUGUAGACCUGCAGUCUCCACUGUUUUUCGUGGAUUUGAAAUUUUUGUUUAAUGACCAUCUUCCUUUGAAUAAACACAAACUCGAAAAAGUUAUAAAUGAGGCACUCUUCAAGAGCUCUAAGCCCCUUUUUUCCCUGUACAGCCUUCUUCACAAGUAUGUGUUGUCACUUCAAAUGUAUAUGAUACAUGUGGAGCUUCUUGAUCUCGAAAUAAAUGGGAAAUACUCAGGCGGGAACCUAGUACACCAUUACGACGCUAAGAAGAAUAUGAUAACAUUAAAAUAUUGGUUACAAAGUAGGCUGAAUGGUAAGUGCAGCGCCAUUAUUGGCGUAGAAGGCACAAGCGGCAAUAUAAUUCUAAAGUGGAAUAGAAACGGCGUUAAGAACGAGCACAGCGAUGUUCCCACCCAAUACAGCUGCAUCCUCAACAAUCUUGGAAAUAUUUUGAAUGAGAUAACAUUCAACCACUCACAAAUGAUCAAAGCUGAACUCUUAUCAACUGGAGUAUUCAGCGAGGACGAGGAAAAUCCUGACUUCCUUCUUUUCCAUGUACCAACUACUUCUGUAUCUGUUGCUCCAAUUCAGUUGAAAAUAAAUCUGAUUAGCGGAGUCUUUUAUGUCAAAAACCCUAGUUCCCUGCUUCAAUUCUACAUUAACCAAAUUAAUAGCAGUUCAACGACUGACGAGUUAAUACACAUUUUAGGAAGGCUGAAACUGGAUAAAAUUAUACUAGUACUGCGGAAUAUGUUUGAAAAGACUGGCUGGAGCUGUAAUGAUGUGAUAAAAUUAAAUUCUUCGGUAACUCAAGAUUCAGCGAAAGGGCAAAAGAGAAUUUUAACCCGUGAUUUAUUCAUAAGACUUGACGACUGGCCGGCAAACUGGUAUUUGAUUCUGAGCGUUGUGUCUUCUAAUUCAACUUGCGUGAUUGAACAACGAAUUGGAAAGAUUAAGGCCAUCAAGGGAAAUUGGGAGCUCAGAUAUCUUGACAGCGCCAAUGCAACAACUUCAAAACUCGAAUCAAUGACCUAUCAAAAAAUCGUGUAUCUGCAAAAAACUAUCCUACACAGGAUAGUAAACCACAUGAUUAUUGACUCGUUGAACGAGUUAAAUAUCUCCAAUAAGAUAUGUUCAGGAGAUAUUCUAAGAGCUCUCCCCCCAUAUGUCUCCUCUACUGGCGUAAAUAAUAAUCUUUCAAUCAUUGCCAUUGAGCUGGAAUCGUUUUUGGAAGGAUCCAAUGCGCUAAAUCACAUUUUGGAGAGCUCAAUGCUUCUGAGAAUAGACUAUGAAAAAUCUGACAUCAAACUCUUCGGAAAGUUUAAAAAAGACACUAAGAUUAUUAAGUACCAAUGUGACGAACUUCUUAUUCAAUUUACAAAUCCAGGUGCCCUCUCAUUCUACAUUUUCGAAGAGUUCACGAAUUUGAAUAACAUCGUUUUGUACCUCACAAAAUUCAAGCAAAAGCUCAUGCAGCUCGUGGUUCUAACUGAUGUAAUUGAGAGACUUCACAAUAACUUCUACUCUGAAAAUUUUAGCAUAGUCGCGCUAAAGCCAAAUGAGAUUUCCUUCAAGUACUUGAGAAAUAGUACCGACACCCAUGACUGUAUGAUAAAAAUUGUCACGAAUGAUCAUAAUGUGGAAAAUUUAGAUGUAAAAUUGUCAUCUUCGAAUCCGCAGUAUAUUGUUCAGCCAUUCAUUGAUGAUGGUCAUUACGACUAUCAUUUUAUUUUUAAUUAUCUUCAGUUCACAUCAGGGUUUUUUGGAGUAUUGAAAGAAAUUUUAAGUUCUUACGAGCACAGUAAUGGCUAUACCACAGUUUCUCUUCAAUUGCAUAAUCUAUCAGAAUAUGAAUUACUUUACCAUAACCCUGAAACCAAUACAAAGAUUACUCUUAUUAUAGAACUGAGGAAUGUUUCACACAAUGGAACUAAAAAAUUACAGUACUAUAUUCAUUUCUCAGAUGAUGAACACAUUUCUACAAAAAGCCCAGCCUAUCCGUUAGUGCACCAGGUGAGAAACACUGUCUUUAUGAUUGACAAUACUGCGUUGGUGAAUGGCUCAAGUGUAUCUUUAAAAAAGCCCAAACACCCAUCGGCUAUUAAAUUGUCAGACGGUGUUAGCUGUGACUCGCCGGAUAUAGAGGGCAUUAUAAUGGAGAUAAAUGACAUACUUAAAAUUGACUGUAUGUAA